GCCAUGAAGUUUGUGGUUUUAGCGUAUCACCUGCGUCGACAUUCCGAUGCUGGGUCACGUCAACGCGGGUCGGCGAUUGAUCGGACAUACGCACAACGCCGCUAUAGAUACCGUCUCCUCACUUCGUUCGCAUCCAGCUAGAUACCAACACAACCAAUUCAGAUAGGCACAAACUCCACCUUUAGAGAGAGAAUUGAACAGUAUUCCUUGAUCACUAACUACAUUCUAACCAUCGAUCAAUAUGGCGCAAUCAAAGUCGGUACAGCGGAUAGUCUUUGGAGCGAUGACAUUGGGCAAAGAAGGUGCUGAACAGGCUCGAGUUCAUUCACUAGAUGAAGCUGGCAAGAUCCUUGACGUCUUCCAGGCUCAUGGACAUGUCGAAGUCGACACGGCGCGGACUUAUGCCGGCGGAUCAACUGAGGAGUAUCUCGGCGCACUCGACUGGCAAUCGCGCGGCAUCGUUCUGGAUACGAAGCUCUCGCCGCUCAACGGCAGCCUGAAGUACACUCACUCGCCAGAGGAUCUGCGGCGCGGUCUGAAUGACUCGUUCGCGGCGCUCAAGACCGACAAGGUAGAUAUGUGGUAUCUCCAUGCACCGGAUCAUUCCGUACCGUAUGAGGAAACGCUGCGCGAGGUUAACGAACUCUACAAGAAGGGCUACUUCAAGCGCUUUGGCAUCAGCAAUUACGCUGCAUGGGAGGUUGCGCAGAUCAGUGAGAUCUGCGCCAAGAAUGGCUGGAAGGGACCGGACGUUUAUCAGGGAGUAUACAACGCACUUCAUCGUGGUGUGGAGCCGGAAUUGUUUCCCUGUCUGCGGCAUUACGGGAUCGCAUUCUACGCCUUCAAUCCUUUGGCAGGUGGAUUUCUGACGGAUCGAUACCAGAGAGACACGGCGGUGGCGGACCUUGAGAAGGGCAGUCGGUUCGACCCUGACAGGUCGCAGGGAAGAAAUUACCGGGGCAGGUAUUGGAACGAGACAUACUUUGACGCGCUUGACGUGGUGCGGCCCGUUGCCGAGAAGCUGGGCAUUAGCACGGCGGAGGCGGCGCUGAGGUGGAUCAGCCAUCACGGUGUACUGGCAAAGGAGAAGGGCGACGCGAUCAUAAUUGGGGCCAGCAGUGCUCAACAGCUGGAUGAGAACCUGGUGAAUCUGGAGAAAGGACCACUGCCGGAGGAGCUGUUGACGGCUUUUGAUGAGGCAUGGGGAAUCGCAAAGGCGGUCGUGAAGCCGUAUUUCAGAGAGAGAGCCUGAUGUCUUAAGACACCAAUUGCUAGCCUAGCCCAUGGCAUGGACUGUGAGUGGAUGGGAUUUUCCAGAUGAUAUCGCCAGCCACGAGUAACGAGUUGAUACUGGCAUAUUUACUUAACCUACUGUUUUGGCGCGGGAAGAGUGCUGAAAUCUACUGUAGCGAGAAGCCCAUUGUAGGUGCUGCCGCAAGUGCUACUGUACCUGUACAGCACGGAGUAGACUGCCAGAGAUGAUGCGCGCACAGACGCGAUUGACGAUAAGAUAAAAAUUUUGGCGGGGAAAUUCUCGAGUCGCAGCAAUCCGCUAGACUAGACUAACUAAAUGAACGUGGGACGUAUUCUGCAGUGCUGCUGCAUACUCAAACUCAAGCUCCGUGCGACAUCCUUUUUCUUUUCCCUCCUCCUCCUCCUCCUCCUUCU